AUGUCACGCGACGAUUACACUAUUGGAUGGGUUUGUGCAUUGCCUCUUGAACUGGCGGCCAGUAAGAUCAUGCUCGACCAAGUUCAUGAUCUCUUGCCGACACUUCACGGCGAUACCAACUCCUACACACUGGGGAGCAUAUGGCAUCACAAUGUUGUUAUGGCUUGCCUUCCAAUAAGUCAAGUCGGGACAAAUCAUGCGGCAAUUGAAGCGACAAACAUGAAGAGGUCGUUCCCAUCCCUCCGAAUGUGCUUGGUGGUAGGAAUCGGCGGCGGAGUGCCGAGCAAAGCCGACGUGCGGUUGGGCGAUGUUGUUGUCGGAACAAGGAUAAUGCAGUACGAUAAAGUGAAGACGAACCCGGAAGGAGAAGAGCGAACAGAGGUCUACAAACUUAUACCACGCGCCCUUGGAACUGCCUUGUCGCAUUUCGCAGCGGAGGACAAAUAUACACCGCUCAACAGUCGAUUCUCGUCUAUACUGCAAGAGAAAUUAGCAAACGAAAACCACCGCAAGUUCCGUCCUCCGAAUUUGGAAGAUCGCCUCUUUCAGGCAAAUUAUGAACAUAUAAGUUCAGAGGCUAGCUGUGAUAGAUGUGACUCUUCGCGACUCAUGAUAAGAGGGCAGCGAAAGACAAAUACGGUAGUCCAUUAUGGAGGGAUCGCUUCCGGAAACAAAGUCAUGAAAUACGGUAGAAAGAGGGACGAAAUCGCGGAAGAGCUAGACGUCAUAUGCUUUGAGAUGGAAGCCGCUGGUAUAGUGGACGUCAUAGAUUGUCUCGUAAUUCGAGGAAUCUGCGACUACUCGGAUUCACAUAAAUCCAAGGAAUGGCAGGACCAUGCGGCUGUCGCUGCCGCCGCCUAUGCAAAAGGGUUUCUGGGGAUGAUACCAAUGACUGAAUUCCAGUCGACGACUACGAAUCUUUCUCGUUCUCCUCAACAUAUACCUCGCGAGGGCCAAAACGCUAUGUUAGCAUCUCUCAGGUUCAAUAGCAUGUCUUUUCGCAAACAUGCAAUCGAAAAAAAUCAUGACAAGACCGGUCAAUGGCUCUGGAACCACCCCUCCUUUCAAGAAUGGCUUGACCCAGCAUUGUUGUCGAGACACCCGGGCUUCAUAUGGAUCCGUGGUAAGCCAGGUGCUGGCAAAUCGACGUUGAUGAAAUUCGCAUGGCUUCAGACACAAAGGGAAUAUCAGCAGGCUUGCCGUGACCGAAAGAUGAUAGUUGCCUCUUUUUUCUUCAACGCCAGAGGCGAGACACUGGAAAAGUCAGCCUCGGGGAUGUAUCGGUCGCUGCUUGUCCAACUCCUAGAGCAUUUUCAUGACCUGCAGAGAGUACUUGACAGUCGAGACCUUGAAGAGUUGCUGAAUCUGGACAGCUACCCUUUAGUAGUUCUGAAAGAUCUUCUCCAAGACGUAGUAUCGGAGCUGGGAAACCGCGCCUUCUUCGGCUUCAUCGAUGCUUUGGAUGAGUGCCAUGAAUUGCAACUCAUGGAUAUGGUUCGGUACUUCGAAGAACUGGCGGAGCAUGCAACACAGAAAAGCAUUCCACUUCGAAUCUGUUUCUCCAGCCGUAACUAUCCCUAUAUCAACAUACAAAGAGGUGUAGAGCUGAGGCUGGAUUAUCAAUCCGGUCAUGCCCAAGACAUAGCGAACUACGUUCGGAGCGAAUUGCGGAUUGAAAAUCCUACCUUACACGAACAACUGGUUUUUCAAAUUCUCAAGAAAUCUGCAGGUGUGUUCCUGUGGGUUGUUCUUGUUGUGGACAUACUAAAUAAGGAAGAAAGAGACGGCCGACCAGCCUUCACAAACCGCCUAUCAGAACUACCAUCUGGAUUGAGCGACCUAUUUGAAAGUAUAAUAAAGCGUGAUAAUGAUAAUGUGGAUGAUUUAAAACUGUCUCUUGGGUGGAUUCUUCUGGCUCCACGACCACUGGAAUUGGAAGAAUUCUAUCACGCCUGCUGGCAUUUCAAGGACCCAAUGUUAGCAAAACAAUACACCAAGGAUCGAGGAGAAAAAUACGUGCUCAGUUCCACAAAGGGUCUUGCUCAGGUUGCGCAAUCCACGCCACCAAUUGUGCAAUUUAUACACGAAUCAGUGCGAGAUUACCUUCUCAAAGACGACGGUCUUCGGAAACUAUGGCCUAAUCUUCCAUUUAAAUGGAAGGACAUGAGACAUGAUCAACUGAAGCACUAUUGCUGUAGAUACAUCCAGCACGCUAUCAACUCUGCACAUAUUAACAGCCCUGACGUUGAGAAUGACGAUAUCUCAAAGAGGCUUCCAUUAUUGCGUUAUGUAACUCAGAAUGUCCUCCACCAUGCUGAAAACGCUGCGGACUCCAUUUGUCAGGGUGUAUUUCUGGAAAAGUUUCCUACUGCCCAAUGGGCAAGUCUUGACAAUAUGUAUGAGAAAUAUAAUAUUCGCCGACUUAGCCCAAAAGUGGAUCUUCUCUAUAUACUUGCACAGAGGGGAUUCCCGAAUCUCAUCCGAACGAGGCUUCAAAAUCAUCCGAAUAUUCUUAUACGCGGCGAAAGACUCAAGUACCCGCUGUUUGCCGCUUUGGCUAACGGUCACAAAGACGCCGUAGCUGCUCUAUUUAAUUUACCUUCGACCAUCUAUGAUGGAGAGGACAUCACAGCGGGCGUGAACUAUAAAAAAGAUUACCACGGUCGCACACCACUCUCAUGGGCCGCCCAGGAGGGUAAAGUUGGUCUCGUUAAGCUGCUUCUCCUCGCACAGGCGGAUGUCAAUGAGCGUGACAAUGCGGGACAAAGACCGCUUUUUAGAUCACAACCCAAAAGACAUUUUCCAGUGGCAGAGCUUCUUAUCAAAGCCGGCGCUGAUGUGAACGAAAAGGGCUACAUGUACACCAACGGGAAUUCAGCCAUGCGUGUGACCCCACUCAUGCAUGCCUCAGCCGAAAAUGAUGAGAUAUUUGCAAGAUUCCUCAUCCAGAAUGGCGCAAAAGUCGAUACGAUCUGUUAUGAAGGUGAAAUGGGAGUAGUAGAAACAGCACUGACAAUUGCCUCGCGCCAUGGCUACGAGGCAAUGGCAAAAUUUCUCAUUGAGAACGGCGCAUUAGAUGGUGAUUGGGAUAAGGACAUCAAUGCACUCGCACCAGCCGCCGAGAAUGGCCAUAUCGGUGUGGUUGCGCUUCUCACUGAAAAUGGCAUACAUCCAUACACGAAACGUUGUGGAGGUUUUGCGCUUGUGAAAGCAUUGCACUAUGGCCAUGUUGCAAUAGCCAGUCUAUUGAUCAGCAGGGGGGCAGAUGUAGAGUUUCUGACAGACGUUUGGGACAAGCCUUCGUCAUGCUCGCCACUUGCGGCGGCGUCCAGCAAUGGCCAUGAAUCCCUGGUUAGGCUGUUGAUUAGCAAGGGGGCGCGCAUAGGUCGUCCAUGUGCAUCUUUUUUUGUUAAGUCGCCGCUUCUUGGUGCUGCGUGUAAUGGUCAAGAGGCAAUAGCCAAGCUGUUGAUUAGAGAGGGGGCGUGUGUAAAUGAGGUUGCUGGCUCUACAACGCCACUUAUAGCUGCCUCCAAGGCUGGUCAUGGGGCAAUGGUCAAGCUACUCAUCGAUAACGGGGCGGAUGUAAAUCAAGUCUGCAAGUCAUAUUUAUGUGAUCCAGGGACGACGACGCCGCUGGAUGCUGCCUCGAAGGGGGGUCAUGAAGCUGUGGUACAGCUACUUCUAGAACACGGCGCACGAACCAAACAGUGA